GUAAAUAAAAACAAAAUGGCAUAAAAACAAUAUUUAUAAACAAUGAAAAAUAUAUAUAUUUCAACAGAAUAAUUUUACUAAUAUUAUAAUGUGAAUUUAAAUAAAAAAAAUUAAUAUAUUAUUGUAGAAUAUUUAUCAAAAUAUAAAUGACGUAAAAUUAGAACACAAGCCAGCUGUUUUUGUAGCUCCUUGUAUCUGUGUAUAAAUAUUUUUAUUUUUUAAUUGUCAUGCGCGAAUAAUGGUGACGAUUUAGUUUAGCUUCGACGUCUAUUAUGUGUAUUACUUAAUUACUGUUCAAUUGUUAUUUGUUACCGGUUCUCAAUAAUCUGUGUAUUUUUCAUAAUUUUUUUUAAUCCAAAUAAACAACAAUAAAUAAAUCAACAAUUGCAUGAUUUUAUUAUAAUCUAAGAUGGAUCUAACGGUUACAAAUCCCCAUGGCAAUGGUUUGCUCUAUGCCGGUUUCAACCAAGAUCAAGGAUGUUUUGCAUGUGGUAUGGAAAAUGGUUAUCGAGUAUACAAUUGUGAUCCAUUAAAAGAAAAAGAAAGACAUGAUUUUAAUGAUGGUGGUUUAGGCUAUGUUGAAAUGUUAUUUAGAUGUAAUUAUUUGGCACUUGUUGGUGGUGGCAGUAAGCCAAUUUAUCCUACAAAUAGAGUUGUUAUAUGGGAUGAUUUAAAAAAACAACCAGCAAUAACAUUAGAAUUUAAUGCACCAGUUAAAGGUGUUAAAUUACGAAGAGAUAGAAUUGUUGCUAUAUUAGAAGGUGUUAUUAAAGUAUUUACAUUUACACAAAAUCCACAACAGCUUCAUGUUUUUGAAACAAAUCCAAAUCCAAAAGGACUAUGUGUACUAUGUCCAAAUAGUGAUAAUUCAUUACUAGCAUUUCCUGGACGUAAAAAUGGACAUGUACAAGUUGUAGAUCUUGCUAAUACAGAAAAACAACCAAUUAAUAUUGAAGCCCAUGAAACUCCAUUGUCAUGUAUUGCACUUAAUUUACAAGGUACAAGAUUAGCAACUGCAUCAGAAAAAGGUACAUUGAUACGUGUAUUUGAUACACAAAGUGGUAGUAUGAUUAAUGAAUUAAGACGUGGUGCACAUCAUGCAAAUAUUUAUUGUAUAAAUUUUAAUCAAGAUUCAACGUGGCUUUGUGUGUCAAGUGAUCAUGGUACAGUACAUGUAUUUGCUGUUGAAGAUCAAAAAUUAAAUCGUCAAUCAAGUCUUGCAUCAGCAACAUUUUUACCAAAAUAUUUUAGCUCAAGUUGGAGUUUUUGUAAAUUUCAAGUACCAGGAGGUUCACAUUGUAUGUGUGCAUUUAGCACAAACAAUAGUAUCAUAGUAAUAUGUGCUGACGGUAGUUAUUAUAAAUUUGUUUUUAAUAACAAAGGUGAAGCAACACGAGAUUUUUAUACUCAAUUUCUUGAAAUAACAGAUGACAAAGUGUGAUGUUUAAUAAUAAUAUAAAUAAAUUAUUAUAUAAAUCAUCAAGUUUCAUUAUUAAAGUUCUCAAAAAAAUAAAAAAAACUGCAGUGAGUCAAUUAUAUUAUGAAUUGAAAAGUAUUUUUAAAAAAUUAUUUAAAUCAUCAGUGAUGAGUGAAAUUUUUUUUGGAACUUUUUUAAAUUAAAUAAGACCAAAUUAUUAUUGAGUGAUUAAAAUGAAUCUUAAGAAUAAAGAUGUGUUUGUUAAAUUUAUAUUAUUAAAAUAUUAUUUAAUGAUCAUUGUUGAGAACUUGAAUUGUUAGUGACGAAAUAAGGCCCUAUUGCCGAAAUUUCUUGUCUUAAAUUAAUUUCGAAAUAAAAUAUAUAUAUUAAAAAAUGAAAGAAAAAAACAAUAAUAGAUUUGAAAAGAUUAUUUAUAAUUUAAAUAAAUAUAUAUAUAAAUAUUGUAUGAAUUUUUAGAGAUAGUAAAAAUUAGCCAGAUCUUAUCAAAUCAAGCACUGACUAAAAUUAUCAUUAUUAAUUAGUUAAAAAUAAAAAAAAUUGAUAAAUCAUAGACUCGAUUAUUCAAGUUUUAUUGAUAAAAUUUAUCGCACACUCAUUAUACAUGUGAAAUAAUAAAUGACUACUUUAAUAAAUGCAAAUAAAUAUUAUAAAUCGAACAAUUUUUAUGAAGGAAGAAUAUAUUGUUUAUGAAUAUAUCAUUAUAUUAUUUUUCAUUAUUAAUAAACACGUUAAAUAUUACUACAAAAUAAUGAAUAAAUAUCUUGUCACAAAUUUUAAAUGAUAAAAACAGAAAUAUAAUUUAUAUUAUAUUGAAAAUAAAAACAAUUAUUAAAUGUUA